GCCCCCAUGCGGGAACGAUUCCGCGCCGGCCGCGGCGCGGCAGUGGGCCGUCUAGGUUACUAUAGAGGUCAAUGGCAUUUAUCGUGAACUUCAGAGUGAGAGCAAGGAGUGCCGCCGGCACAAUCACACAAUAUUAUUUAUAUUUUUUAAGGUUUUGAACUUGACCAACUUCAAGUUCUGGGCUGUCAAGCAUUUCUCCGUUGAAUCACGGCUCGGUUCAUUGCUGGUUCGGGACACUGAAUUCCAGUUUUGUGUCUGAAAAGUGGUGUUAAAAUGACCGACUAUGAUGAGCCAAUAUCAGACCAGGAAAAGGUGCGGAUUGUUUCCGACUUCAUUCUUCACUCACCGCCUGGGGAGUUCAAUGAAGUUUUCAAUGAUGUGAGGCACCUGAUCAACAAUGACAACUUACUGAAGGAGGGAGCUUCAGGGGCAUUCGUUCAGUACAACAAGGAUCAGCUGACGCCAGUGCGUCUGCCGGGAUCCGACUACCCCGCCUUCAUCACCGACUUCAACGAUCUGGGCGGGUCCCGCUUCUUCGACCCGCGCACCAAACAGAGUUUCCGCUUCGACCACCUCAAGAAGGAGGCGUCCGACCUCAAGCCGCACGAGGGUGACAGCACGGCCGAACCGUGGCGACGCGCCCUCGAGGCCGAGAUGACCGCCUACACGGCCGACCACUACAAGAACGGCGCGUGCGCCGUGUUCGGACACUCGAAUGACGGAGACGUCACCCUGGUCGCCUGCAUCGAGGACCACCAGUUCCAGCCCAAGAACUUCUGGAACGGCCGCUGGCGGUCGCAGUGGACGGUGACGAUACCGUCGAGCGGCACGGCCCAGCUCAAGGGCGUGCUCAAGGUCCAGGUGCACUACUACGAGGACGGCAACGUGCAGCUGGUCUCCUCCAAGGACGCCGCCGACGGCGCCGUCGUCGCGUCGGAGUCGCAGACGGCCAAAGAGGUGGUACGCCUGAUCGAAACCUCUGAGAACGACUACCAGACUGCUAUCUGUGAAAACUACCAGACCAUGUCAGAGACCACAUUCAAGGCACUGAGACGCCAGCUGCCGGUGACGCGCUGCAAGAUCGACUGGGGCAAGAUAAUCCAGUACGGCAUCGGCCGCGAGCUCAAGCAGCAGUGAGCUGUGCGCGCGGCCCACCUGUGAUACGGCGGCGCGGUGCCGCCGCCGCCGCCGCCGCCGCCGGCCGCUCUCUCACCGCUGACAAUGUGUAACCAAAGCUUUUGUGGUCGCGGCGCCGCCGCCUGCCGGAACGGAGCGGCCGGCGUGCCAGCGAUGCCCAGCUCGCGGCCGGUCGGCCGCCGCCGGAGCGCGUGUCAUGCGGUAGUUACGCCGCCGAUGAGAAUGAUAAACACGACACCCAGCUGCCGCUUGGUUAGCCAACAGCACGGCUUGCGUUUGAACCGCCCUGCGAUGCGUGACUUUGGCAAAACCCUUUUGAAUAUGUGCUUACACCUUGUAGAUAGCUGAAGCUAUCGAGCUGUUUAAUGAUAUGAUCAUCGAUUCAUUCUAAGAACAAUGAUAUAUUCCUAAGGAUUGGUAUAGGGUGGAUUCGAUUGUCUGCUUAAAUUGUUAUCGAUGGGUGUUUCUAUAUAAAUGAAAUUUUGCCUUCUGUUGUCAUUUAAUCAUGCAGUUAGUUGCGGUUUCCACUAGUUCAGCUGUAUAAGAGAUCUAUGUCCUAUGAGAUCUAAGAGAUCUAUGUUGUAUUACUACUAAUGAACUGAUGACAUAGAUGCCUUCUUAACAGCUUCUUGAAAUGUACUGCUUCGGGACGAAAAAGUGUGAACUAAAACUUGUCAAAUCUUGACACAUUUAUGUAUUGGAAAAGGCCUGGCUAUCAAGCACUGUCCGGAAGUUGAAAAUCUAAUCGAUAAUAUUGGAGGAGUGGGCAAGAACAGCUCAUAAUGAGGCUUUUAUUUGCCAUCCAAAGUUGAAGCAUUUUUCACUAGCUCGAAAUGCUCUGUGAGAAAUGUACGAUAAUGCAAAACUGCGCAAUCCGUGCAAUUCAUCUGAGGAUGUAGUAUGGCCAAGCCUCGCCGCCAGGUAUCAGCCGAAAUGUUAGCUGACAACAGUUACAGUUUGAUACACCGGGACUGACGACGUGUCUUGUUUAGCGGCGAGCACGAGCAGGUGGAUCCGCUGAAUGGGUCACACUGCGAUGGUUGAGUACUCUGUAGAGGAUGUCUCGUAGAGAGUGCCACAGCAGGUAUAUAGGGCCUUGCACAGCAGCCAUCGAGCCGAAGAGAGACGGAAUGUGCCGCGGUCCUUUCAGUCUCUUGGGCGACCCGUGUUCGCUGAACUGAGUGGCCGACUGAACUAUCAACAAUGUAUUCCAUUCUUUACCGAAUGAAUCAAAACAGUCUGCAAUCAAUUUUCGGACGCAGGAAGCGGUCUGUAGGCUGUAGGACGCUCAUUGAGCUCAAAUUAGUUCGUAGACCAUGCGGCCGCGGCCCGGGGGUGAGAACCAUAGCCCUCCAUCCAGGGUAACUGUAAAGUAAAAGCGUAUCAGAACGAGACUUGCACAUGGAAUUGACGAUUGAUAUGUGACGUCCAAAAGAUUGUUAAAGAUUGUCCUGUGACUGGUACAAAGCGCACUUAGAGCUACCCAAAAGCUACCUUAUAAAAGCAAUAUUUGUUUUAGUGGUCUCUACCUCCGACAAAGGCAAGUUCUUGUAUCAACUGCGCCAGCAUUGUCGAAAGGCUUGUCAACUGGCGAAGCGUCGCGGUGCCGUUGCGGGGUCGCUGUGCCGUUUUUUUUAUAAUAUUUUUACGGAUAGCUCGUGAAUGGCUGGAAAACACUUUUGAAAACAUCAGGACUGAAGUGACAAAAGUUGACUUUUAAUCGGUAAAAGAUGUCCGUCGAACUCAGUGCUUAUCGAGAUCAGCACUUCAAGGGGUCGAGGGCUGAGCAAGAACGUAUGCUGAGGAUCUCUACUACUCUGUACAUUGGAAAUAUGUCCUUCUACACUACAGAAGAACAGAUCCAUGAGCUUUUCUCCAUGUGUGGAGAUGUAAAGAAAAUCAUUAUGGGCCUUGACAAAUUCAAGAAGACACCCUGCGGAUUUUGCUUCGUUGAAUACUACAGACGCCAAGAUCUUGACAACGCCAUGAGAUUUAUCAAUGGCACGAGGCUCGAUGAUCGUGUCAUUCGAACAGACCUGGAUGCUGGAUUUGUGGAAGGAAGACAGUAUGGCAGAGGAAAGUCUGGUGGACAGGUCCGUGAUGAAUACCGUGCUGAUUACGAUGUGGGGCGGGGUGGAUAUGGAAAAAUCAUUCAGCAGAAGACUGGCAUUGAGCCCACUGACAUCUGAAGAUGCUGAAAGGCAUCAGGGUUCAGUUGAAACAGAGGAAAAGAUUCAUCCAGAAGUGUCCAUCAUUAUUCAUCAUUUGAAAUUCAACAAAUUCUUUGGGAUGCUCUCCUGUAUCUCAUGCUAGUUGAGUUUGUUGUGCUUCCUGAGAAGUAUUGGAAGCACACUGAGUGUACCAUUUCACCUUGUGUCAAUACAUGUAACAAUGUUCA